AUGGAAAAUAGUAGCCCAGGAGGGCGACAACGUGUUAAAAGAUGCUUAUUCGGAAAACCAAACCAACGAGAGGUUGAGAAAUGGCUUGAUGAAACCUCUAAAAAACAGCUAAAGCAAAGCAGAGAUAAAUGGAGCUACGAUUUUGAAUUAGAUAUUCCGAUUGCUGGGGAUGUGGAAUAUGAAGCUCUUCCUAUAAGUAAAAAGAAAAGUAGGAAAGUUACUGAAUUCGACCCAAAUAUUCCAUCGGCUUCAUCUGAAGAGGGGAAUCUUGACGAGGAAGCUAACAGCUGUCAUCGUCCUCUCACUAGGUCUUGCACAAGACAGUAUGACGGUAAUGGCAGUUUGCAAAGUAGAAGAAGUUUGAAGCAGGCUAAAUUGACUAGUCUUGCACAAGGCAGUAUGACGGUAGUGGCAGUUUGCAAAGUCGAAGAAGUUUGA